UGCGCAAGCGCUUUCGGCGGCCAUUAGGUGGUUUCCGGUUCCGCUGUCCUCUUUUUCUUCAGCGAGGCGGCGGAGCUGGUUGGUGGCGGCGGUCGUGCGGGAGACGCAAACAUGCAGAUCUUUGUGAAGACCCUCACGGGCAAAACCAUCACCCUUGAGGUCGAGCCCAGUGACACCAUCGAGAAUGUCAAAGCCAAAAUUCAAGACAAGGAGGGUAUCCCACCUGACCAGCAGCGUCUGAUAUUUGCCGGCAAACAGCUGGAGGAUGGCCGCACUCUCUCAGACUACAACAUCCAGAAAGAGUCCACCCUGCACCUGGUGUUGCGCCUGCGAGGUGGCAUUAUUGAGCCUUCCCUCCGCCAGCUUGCCCAGAAAUACAACUGCGACAAGAUGAUCUGCCGCAAGUGCUAUGCUCGCCUUCAUCCUCGUGCUGUCAACUGCCGCAAGAAGAAGUGUGGCCACACCAACAACCUGCGUCCCAAGAAGAAGGUCAAAUAAGGUUGUUCUUUCCUUGAAGGGCAGCCUCCUGCCCAGGCCCCGUGGCCCUGGAGCCUCAAUAAAGUGUCCCUUUCAUUGACUAGAGCAGCAACUAGUGUCUUCGUGGCUGGUCUGUCCAGGGAGGUGGCUGAAGAGUGGGCAUCUCCCUUAGCACUCUACUCAGCACUCCAUUCUGUGCCACCUGUGGGGUCUUCUGUCCUAGAUUCUGUCACAUCGGCAUUGGUCCCUGCCCUAUGCCCCUGACUCUGGAUUUGUCAUCUGUAAAAUUGGAGUAAAAACCUCAGUCGUGUAA